AUGACGAGGCCUGCCCACCUUGACGACGAUAUUGUCUGCCUGUCGGACGCCCAAGCUGAUCCCCCGAUAGUUUCAACAGGGAACUUGAAGCAGGCUGCCAGAAAGACGAGGGCGUCCACUGUCGCUCAGCUCCAAAACGAACGGAGGGACAAGGGGCGGCAACGUGCCUUUGUGGAUCUUACCAAAGAUGAAGACGACAUUAAUUCCAUCGCCCUUGGCUCCAAUGGCAAGCACCUGGCUGCCGGGAAAAAUGCAGCUCCACAUAAUGACGACAGUGAUGCUGUGGAGCUACUGCCUGAUGAGGCGAGGGCUGUUAUCAGUGAGGACUUGGAGGACUUGAUUACAGCAAACGCAGACAGCGAGGCAGGCCCAUUUGAAUCGGACGUGGCAGCAGGCAGGGAGACAGGGACUUUCAGCUGCAUGAUCUGCUAUGAUGACCACCCAAUGGAGGACUGCUUUGUGGCCAGCAUUAAUUGUGCCUUCCCGAUCCUGUGCCCCAUCUGCCAAGCGCGCGGCGACCCGACCUGCAUCAAGUGCGAGCGCCGCCGUACCGACGCCGCGGCCGCAGCCGCCGCCGCGGAUGGGGACGUGGACAUCCCGGGAGGAGCUGGCGGUGGUGGGGGUCCCCCUGGCGGUAGCGGAGGAGGUCCCCCCUCCGCAUGGUGCUGCAGCCUGGACGCUGACAUCACACUGCUGCUGUCCGUGGAGGAGGAGGAGCGCUACCUGGAGAACAGCCUGAAGGCGGCCACCAACACGUGCCCGGACCUGCUGCCCUGCCCGCAGCCUGACUGUCCCGGCGUUGCCGUUGCCGGCCACGAGGAUGACUCGCCGCGGCUGGUGUGCAACGUGUGCAAGCACAAUUGGUGCAAGGCGUGUGAGGUGGCCUGGCACGAGGGCAAGAGCUGCGACGACCACAUCCGCGAACGGGGCGAGGUGGCCGCAGACGCAGAGUUCCGAAAAUACGAGAAGAAGCACACUGUCAAACGCUGCCCCUUCUGUAAUCACGGCCUCAUGAAGAUCAGCGGAUGCGACCACAUCACGUGCGCGGGUUGCAAAACCGCCAUGUGCUGGCGGUGCCUGCAGCGCUAUGCUGACUGUGCGCGCACCCGCUGCAAUGGCUACAUUCCGGCUCUCCCUGCAGCGCUCCCAGGAAUGGCCCCCGGUGAUGCUGGCUGGGCAGGGCAGCUGCAGCAGGUGAUUGCGGGAGCCUUUGGAGCUGCCCUUGGUGAAGAGAAUCCAAACAAUGGCGUUUCCUUUCCUGUGGCGGCUGCUGCAGCGCCGAUGGCACGACGGCGUGGCGGUUUCUUCAGCCGUCCUAUGCGCGCGCGGUGGUAA